GUUUGUGUAGUCAAGUUUGUAGUCAACAGCUCGCUUCGAUAUCAUGAGGUACUGUCAAGGGCACCACUAACCUCUGCAAGACCAGAGGUUCAGCAAAUGUCAGGCUGAAACACGGUGUCCGGGGAGGAGAUCAUUUUGAGCAUCAAUCCCGCCGUCUUGGGAUACUCGGCACUAAUGGCCUCCCGGUUCCCAAUUUUGUGUUCUCGUGCAGGGGCCUGAGUGUUAGAGAACGAUAUGAUUCUCACUAUAAAUACUGCCAUCGACAUGACCUAGAGGAUGAUGUUUUGAAGAGCAAUCCGAUCCAGUCCUUGACCCUUCUCCGGCAGUCGUCGAUUAUCACUCCAUUACAGGCACUAUGAUGCUCAAGUCUGUCCUUAUUUCUGCCCUGCUCUCGCUGGCAGUGGCUACUCCCGUCCCGCAGCCUGCCGACCUGGAAGUCCGUCAGCUUCUCGGCAGCUCCAACGAUGUCGAGCAGGGUAACUGCAAGGAUACAAUGUUUAUCUUCGCCCGCGGGUCAACCGAGAUUGGAAACAUGGGAAGCGUCGUCGGACCCCCAGUCUGCCAAAACCUGCAAAAGAAACUGGGUUCCGUGGGCUGUCAGGGCGUGGGAGGCGCCUACUCGGGCGGCCUGAUGCAGAAUGCUUUGCCUCAGAACACCGACCCGGGCGCGAUCAAUGAGGCGGUCAAGAUGUUCAAGGAUGCGUCCAGCAAGUGCCCGAAGGCUAAUAUCGUUGCUGGAGGAUACAGUCAAGGAAGUGCAGUCAUCGACAACGCCGUCCAGAAGCUUGACGACGACGUCAAGAGUAAGGUCAAGGGCGUGGUGUUCUUCGGAUUCACUCGCAACCAGCAGGACCACGGCCAGAUCCCCAACUACCCCAAGGACCAGGUCAAGGUGUUCUGCGCUCUCGGAGACAUGGUCUGCGACGGCACGUUGAUCGUGACCGCAGCCCACUUGACAUACGGCGCAAACGCCGGUGAGGCUGCUAGCUUCCUGGCCUCGAAGGUUCAGGGUUGAUCCAGAGCGAAACGGAACGUUCUCCGCAAAAC